CAGUGGGUUCGUUUUCUGCAGGUGUGGCUUUGAACCAAGUGUCAGUAUUUACAGGUUGAUGUAAUAAAAGGUGGGCUAAACUGCUUUAUUCAAAACGCUGCCAUCCUGUGGACCUCAGCGCUAUGGCCGCUCCGGGCCAAUCGCUGACAAGCCCGCAAAGAUCAAAGAGGAGAUGAGCCAACCAUGUCCGCUCCGGACGCCCGUCCCGAGAUGGAGCGCCUCUUCAGCCUAUAUAUGUGGGGGCUCCUCAUGGGGCUCAGUGACCAGAGAUUAAAACUCGAGAGGAAGAAGGAGACUAACUCAGGCACAGAUUAUUGUUUGUGUGUUUCUUUCCCCUCCUAGUAAGCCUUGUGAUUACAAAUAUUUAGCCCUGGAGCUGUUGGACAGGAUGGCCUCAGGCUCUGGUGAGUGCCCCGGGAGGACCAGUCUGCACCGGGUGGAUCAUCUCCUCAGUGCGGUGGAGAGUGAGCUGCAGGCCGGCAGCGAGAAGGGUGACCCCACGGAGAGGGAGCUGAAGGUGUCCCUGGAUGAGCGCGAGCUUUGGCAACAAUUUAAGGAUCUAACAAACGAAAUGAUCGUCACAAAGACCGGCAGGCGCAUGUUUCCCGUGCUGAAAGUGAACGUGUCUGGGUUGGACCCGAACGCCAUGUAUUCCUUUUUGCUGGACUUCGUAUCCGCGGACAACCACAGGUGGAAAUAUGUGAACGGGGAGUGGGUCCCCGGGGGGAAGCCCGAACCCCAAACCCCCAGCUGCGUGUACAUCCACCCAGACUCUCCAAACUUCGGAGCGCACUGGAUGAAAGCUCCAGUCUCCUUUAGUAAAGUCAAACUCACCAACAAACUCAACGGAGGAGGCCAGAUCAUGUUAAAUUCCUUACACAAGUACGAGCCACGCAUCCACAUAGUGCGCGUGGGAGGCCCAAGGAGGAUGAUCACCAGCCACUCUUUCCCAGAGACACAGUUCAUUGCAGUGACGGCAUACCAAAACGAAGAGAUAACUGCUCUUAAAAUAAAGCACAAUCCUUUUGCCAAGGCCUUCCUAGAUGCGAAGGACAGAAGUGAUCACAAAGACUUCAGAGAAGAUGCCAAUGAAAACCAACAAUCAACCUACUCUCAAUUAGGUGGUUGGUUUAUUCCUGGCACAGGCUCCCUCUGCCCUCCUGCCAGUCCUCACAGCCAGUCCGGGGGUCCCAUCUCCCUUUCGCCAUCCCACGGCUGUGAGCGCUACUCCACCCUAAGGAACCACCGCUCCGCUCCCUACACCAGCCCGUACGCCCAUCGGACAGACUCGCCCACGGGUUACUCCGAUAACUCUCCAGCUUGUCUGUCGAUGCUCUCAAGCCAUGACAACUGGUCCGGUCUGCAGAUGCCUACGCACUCCAGCAUGAUGCCCAUGGCCCACAAUUCCACCUCUGGUACCAACUCUAGUCAGUACACCAGCUUGUGGUCUGUGAGUAACUCACCGCUGACUCCCGUCUCCCAGAAUGGAGGGAUGAACAACAGCCUGAGCUCCCAGUUCCUGCGAGGGUCCAGCAGCCACUACCCGGGCCCGCCUCACUCGGCCACAGUGCCCUCUUCUGGCUCACCCCUGUACGAUGGCGGCACGGCCGCAGACGUACACGACACGGCCCAGUAUGACACCUCUCCACACGGGCGACUACCUUCUGCCUGGACCCCCGUGACGCCUCCGUCCCUCUGAUGGAGGUGUCUCUGCAAGCUGGCGGAGCGACUACCAUGGAACGCUGUCUGCAGGAUGUUUGAUCUGAUGUGACCCGGUGGAGGAAUCAACCCCGAAUUGAACAGGUUUUUAUUUGUUUACAAAUCAAACUCCACCAGAAAACGACUGCUCUCAGUUUUCUUUAAUUCAACAUAUUUACUAUAGAAAUAUUCUUCACUUUUAAGUUGAUACAAAAAAAUCAAUAGAGACUUUGAGCCGUUGAAUUAAUAUUUCUAUGAUGACACAUUGCUAUGUUUUGUAACUGAGCAAAACAGGUCAAAUGUUUAUUUUUAUUUUUGGUUGAUCCUCCUUAAGUCCGUCAGAUCUUUUUAUUCACCCUAGCAGGAAAAAAAGAAUAUAUUUUGAUAUUCUCUGACCAACAACCAUUUUAACCUGCUUAUAUUAAGCAUAAGUCCAUGAUAUUCAAAGCAUAAAGAAAAGAAAAGUACAGCUGCAGCUGUUAAAUGUUGUUUAUAGUGUAAAUGAGAACGCUGUCAAGGAUCUACAUGUAAAUAGACAAAUCUUUUUGUACCACAGUGACGCUGUUUGAGCUAUUGUGUUCUGGAUUAUUUUUGGAAUGAAAUGAAAGGGGAGAGCAAAUGUCAAUAUUCUGCUAUGCAGAUGAUACAGUGUGUUCCAUGUCAUUAAAUACAAUAUGUCGAA